GUCACACACGGUCCCUUUCCUUAUAUGGGAGCGCGUCUCCAUGGUAACGUGUGCUAAGUUGCAGCAGUCGUGUCAAAGUUCACUAUAUAGAGAGCUCGGUGAGCUGAUCAGAGAGAAAGCACUCUGCCAGCCCCGCUCCUACAAAUCGCAAUCACUUCCUAAACCUCCCCCCUUUUUAACAUAUUUGAUCACUUUGAUUCUUUGCGUCUUUUUUUCCGUAUUAUUUAUACGCGCAUGAAGGAGGUUCUAUAGGUUGCGAUCCUUUAUUAUUAUUAUUGUUAUCAUUAUUAUUAGUCUUCGCUCGCCGGAGAGUUGACUUCAUAUUUUGACUCCGGCGCGAGCUCCGGCCGCGCGCUGCCGUCGCUCGUGCCGCCGCCGCCGCAAUAAGAAGCAGAAAAAAGGGAAAGAAGAAGCAAUAAUUUUUACCACUUGAUGGUUUUUCUUCUGGACUCCUGCAGGAACUUGGGAUCGCUCGCUCCUGGUUGUCUUUGAAAGUUGACUUUCUCUUUUGUUUCAAUUCUUUUUAAAAAAAAAAAAAAAAAAAUCUCUGCAUCUCCAUGCGCCGAUAAUCUGAAACAUUUGCGUCAACUUAUGUUGCAUCUAAAAACGCAUUUCAAUUUAAAUUUUAUUAUUUUUCUCUUUUUCUCCUUGAUGGGCUUCCUGAAUGGCUGACUGCAAGCGAGCCCGGACUUGGCCUCUGAGCGCACGGUUGUUCAGUUUGUCAUCGCCCCAGGUUUAGAAGAAAAAGAAACAUUCGACAUUUCUUCUUUCGUCCUAAAUAAAAUACAUUUUGAUGGUAUUUUUGCGCAAGUUUCCACGGACUCUUUGUGCGAACAUCACCGGCAGUUACUGCUCUCAGCGCUGGUGUGUGUCGUGAGCUGCGCGCUCAUAUUCUUCCAAGACAUUUUUAAUAACCGAGACCACGACGUCAAAAACGGGAGACAAAAAAAGUUUCUUAACGCUGACUGAUAGAUAUGGCAAUGGUAGUGUGGAGAAGCUCCCAGGACGAUGUGGCCGAGACGCAGAGCACCCUGUCUUCUCAAGGAGGACCGCUAUCCCUUCCCACCCACCAGCCAGGCCAGCUGAACCUGGCCGCCUCUCAGGCAGCCCCUCCGACCCCGCACACGCCGGUCCAAGGCGGACCCCCGAGCACCACGGCGCAGUCCACGCCGACCAACCAGAGCGGCCAGAACCAGGCGGUGGAGAAGCAGCAGCCGCAGCACAUCGAGUGCGUGGUGUGCGGGGACAAGUCGAGCGGCAAACACUACGGCCAGUUCACAUGCGAGGGCUGCAAGAGCUUCUUCAAGCGGAGCGUCCGCAGGAACCUCACUUACACAUGUCGGGCCAACAGGAACUGUCCCAUCGACCAGCACCACCGCAAUCAGUGUCAGUACUGCCGACUCAAAAAAUGCCUCAAAGUGGGCAUGAGACGGGAAGCGGUGCAAAGGGGACGGAUGCCACCCACACAGCCGCACCACGGUCAGUUCGCCUUGACAAAUGGGGAUCCUCUACACUGCCAUUCCUACUUGUCCGGAUAUAUCUCUCUUCUUCUGAGAGCGGAGCCAUACCCGACGUCCCGAUAUGGCAGCCAGUGCAUGCAACCUAACAACAUCAUGGGCAUCGAGAACAUCUGUGAACUGGCAGCGAGGAUGCUGUUUAGUGCCGUGGAGUGGGCCAGGAAUAUCCCCUUCUUCCCAGACCUGCAGAUUACGGACCAGGUGGCCCUUCUCAGGUUGACCUGGAGCGAGCUGUUUGUGCUCAACGCUGCACAAUGUUCAAUGCCACUUCACGUGGCCCCUCUGUUGGCAGCGGCUGGCCUUCACGCCUCCCCCAUGUCCGCAGACAGAGUGGUGGCCUUCAUGGACCACAUUAGGAUCUUCCAAGAGCAAGUGGAAAAGCUGAAAGCUUUGCACGUCGACUCUGCAGAAUACAGCUGCCUGAAGGCCAUAGUGCUCUUCACCACAGACGCCUGUGGUCUCUCGGACGUGGCCCAUGUGGAGAGUUUGCAGGAGAAGUCUCAGUGCGCUCUGGAGGAGUACGUGAGGAGCCAGUACCCCAACCAGCCCACCCGCUUUGGGAAGCUCUUACUGCGCCUGCCCUCCCUCCGCACCGUCUCCUCCUCCGUCAUAGAGCAGUUGUUUUUCGUCCGCUUGGUAGGUAAAACCCCAAUUGAAACCCUCAUCAGGGAUAUGUUGCUGUCGGGAAGCAGUUUUAACUGGCCUUACAUGUCAAUCCAGUGAAGGAGGAAAAAGGAAAGAAAGGAGGAGGCUUUAAGACUACAAUAGCGCUUCUUUUUAGGAUGAAACAAGGCUGUUACACCAAGUUUACUCACACCAAGAGAGACAUUUCCAAUAAUAAAGACUGUGAAUGUUGAAAACAUGAGACAUUCAGUGAACUCUCAAAAUCCAUAUAAAAAGCUCUCGUAUCAUUCUGAACAACUUGCUACUUAUCAUUUUGUAAAAAAUAAAUAAAUAAAUAAAAAUGCAUAAAUAAGCAAAUGAUUUUUUUGGUAAAUCUUUGAGGAAAAUUAAACUAUGAAGUGCAUUUAAAAGGAAUAAUUCGGAAGAAUAUAGGAGAAAAAAAAAAAAAAAACAAGGAUUCUUUUCCAGAUACUACAUUGUCCUGUGUUCAUGUAUCUAUAGAUGUUUGUAUUUUUUUCUCCUUCUUGGUUCCAAACCGGCCUAUGUGAUUUUGUAGUAUACCAUUUUUAAUAUAACCAUGGCUUCUUUGGAAACAGUAAAAAUGAUAUUAAGAUAUAUUCUUCAAGAAUUAAAGGGAAGAACCAUGGGCAAUAUCAUAAAGCGUUAAUACAGUGCUUAAUGCUGCAAGCGCACUUACUGCUUAGAAGGGACCCAAAGUAAAAAUCAAUUUAUAUCACAAUUAAGCAAAUGUGCCCAGGAUUGCUCGUUACAAUUACAGUUUAGAGCCUUUUGCUCAAAACAUCUAAACUUAAGAUGGAAACCUUUCACCAAACCGUAACUUUACAUAAUGUUUUUAAUACUUAAUUCCACCGUUGCAACAGGUUUAUAGUACGCAUUGUUUAUAUUUAGCAUUUUAAAAUUUUUGAAGAUGCUGUUGGCACUUGACAUUUGCUGACGUGGAAAGCAUCCAAGAAAUCAGAUUUGGUGUUUAUUAAACUUGAGCUAUUUAAGAUCAUUUUAUGUACAUUAUGAGCAUUUGAGUACAGGACAUGUCUAGCUGUUUUGUGUUCAUUCAGUAAAAAAUACUAAAUAUGGGAAUUCAAAUGUGAACUAUAGUAAGAAAGGUGUUUGGCUUUACAAGUGAGUUUUAAUCAGGUAUCCCAUGUGGCUUUUCCUUUUGUGGAUGGCCAUUAUCGGUAAAAUGAUUUAGUGGUAUCUUAAAAUAAAAUUAGGUACGGGGUCAAGGGUCACUUUACCUUCUCUUGUAACACCCAAAAUGCUUGAUAUCAGUAUUAUUUCCCUCGAAAAGCCUAAAUGCAUUAGAUCGAAUAAUGCCCCACACAAGUCAAGCAUUAAGUGCCUGUAUUGCGGGACAUUGUUAAUUUGUUAUUAUGAGAAAUGCAAUUUAAGUGUUAAAAACCUUUGGAACACUGUAAGGUUUGAAGCGUCAGUCUUAUGAGUGUGUAAAUCACAUAAAAGACAGCAAUUAGAAGCAGUAUUGUUGUAAAUAUAGGUCAGUUCCUUUCAAUGACUUUUCCUUUAUACGAAGUAUAUGUGAUUAAGAAAAUCUGUGGUUGCCAUUUUUUUCAGUAAUUCAAAAUGUCUUCAAAUUGAGUGACAGACUUAGCUAGUAGCACUGAAAGUUCUGUUUUUAAUGUAUAUACAUAUUACAAAAUAAUGUUUUUUUUCAUAUGUAUUUAGACUGUGAAUGCAUGGCCACAGGUCGCUAACCUAUUUUACAUUUGGUAUAUAUAAAUGUAAAUGUUUUUUUUUUUUUUUUUGAUUGUAUAGAUAUAAUCUGUGCAUUCAGUACAAUAGCCCUUGUAUUUAAAAGAAGCAAAAGUUCAAUAGUAAGACUUAACAGGGUGAGCUGGUUUGGAAGGGGGUAGCUAUUUUGUUUUAGUGUUCUGCUCCUUUUCGGUCUGUAACAGAUGCUUUGUGUGUGAAAGGUUGCAAUUUUGUUGUUGUUUUGAGGCUUUUCUUCAACACACAAGGCACCAUGUUGUGGUUGGAAAAAAGGGAUCAUAUUGUAUAGUUGAUUGAACAGUGCUCUUUGACUGUUCCUAUGCCACAUAUGGACCAGAGAAUGAUACAUGAUUGUAAUUAUAAACAGUUUAAACAACUGACCCACGUUUUUAUAUAUAAAUAUAUAAAAAUAUAUUACU